AGCACCCAUCACAUAGUGAUCCCACAUCUUCAUCAUGCUCGUCAGUAAAACACUCCAUGAUCUUCCGACCAAACUCGAUAAUGGUCGUCCCAUGAGAGUAUACGUCAUAGCCCCUGUCUUGCCGGACUACCCUCAAGCCAAGUUCCCAGGUGUCGUUUGCUUUAGUGAAAUCUAUCAAGUCACCGGUCCAGUCGAACGUUUCGCUGGCCAAAUUGCGAGCCACGGCUACGUUGUCGCCUGCCCAUCAUCCUAUCACGAGUUUGCAGGGCCUGAACCGCUAUCGUACGACACGGAAGGUACCGACAAAGGCAAUGAUUACAAGAUACAGAAAACAAUCGCGGCUUUCGACGAGGAUGCAACUCUAGCCAUCGACCUCCUCGUUUCUCACCCCAACUGCAACGGGCGAAUUGCGGCGACAGGAAUGUGUCUCGGUGGGCAUCUGGCAUUCCGGGCCACUUUUGAUCCUCGGGUUCUUUCGUCGGUUUGCUUCUUUGGCACCGAUAUCCACAGUGCAACGUUAGGAAAGGGAAAACAGGAUGAUACACUCGCUCGUGUCCGCAAAGGUGAAUUGACGGAUAACGGUGAACUAGUGAUGAUCUUUGGCAAACAAGACACACACGUUCCUCGAGCUGGACGAGAUCUUAUACGCUCAACGAUGGAGGACGCUAAUGUGACGUUCUCGUGGCUGGAAGUUCAGGCCCAACAUGCCUUUAUCCGCGACGAGUCGUCAAAGGGUCGAUGGGAUGCGGCACUUACAAGGUCUAUGUUCACAUUCUUGAUGGAGGUGUUUGAACGCACCGUUGGAAGGGACUUGGGUCCUCGAAUUGCUUCCGGGAAAGUUGCAGAACACGUUUGCUGAGAAACUAACCCAUCCCUGAAGGGAAUUAUAUCGGUGUUAUCCUGUUCUUCUUUGUUGUUUCUAAGGUGUAUAAGUAGCACGCAUGCAUGUACAAGCCGUAGCCCAUUUGGUGCGCUCAAGGGUCGAUAUUCUGCUUUGUUAGUCAUAAUGCUCCGCAGUGGACGAUCCCGAUGCUUUUUUUAACGCAGUAUAUGCCUCGAUGUACUCGACGAUACCUCUACGGGGCUGCAACGGGAUUUUC